AUGAUAGGGAAAAUGAGGAUGCAGUUUUGGAGAGAUGCCAUUAAGGGCAUAUCCGAGGGCAGACCACCAAAGCACCCGAUUGCCUUAGCAUUGUAUGAAACCUCGCAGACCUCAAAAAUAUCCGCCUACCACCUCAAACGAAUAGUCGAUGCGAGAGAUGCAGAAUUACAGACUUCGUCACACCUCACAAUAGACUCCUUGACGUCGCAUGCAGAGGCGACAUCAAGCACUGUGCUUUACCUCUUGUUGUCUAUGCUAUCCCUACCUUCUUCGACGUUAUCGCACGCAGCGUCUCAUCUGGGAGCAGCGCAAACGUUCAGCACCCUUCUGCGGGCACUCCCUUUCCACGCAAAACACGGCCGAAUGGCGAUCCCUGCGGAGAUUACUGCUCGUCACGGCGUUAGCCAAGAGGAUGUUUUUCGACACGGAGGCGAUGCGGCAGGAAUUGAAGACGCCGUGUAUGAAUUUGCGACUGUCGCGCAUGACCAGCUGAACACUGCUCGAGACAUGCUCAUGAAAGGCGAGGGCACUGAUGGACGGGUGCCUAAAGAAGCGAUGCCGGUGUUCCUCUCUGGGGUCGCAGUGUCGAAUUAUUUGUCGCGCCUGGAAAAGGCCGGAUUCAAUGCAUUUGACGCCAAACUGGAGCGCCGAGAUGGACUGCUUGCAUGGCAAAUCUGGACAAGCUUCUACAAAAAGCAGUUUUAA